CUUUACGUAAUGACAUCAUCUCUAAAGGCCCUCCUUGUUAGCUGUGACUCGAAGGUUUUUAUUUUUUCCAUCAGCUUCAUCGGCUAAAGCAGAAACAUUGAACACGGAGGCUACAUUAUGGAACACAAUCCCACACGAUAUAAUGUGCAGUUGUAUAUUUAUGAUUUGUCAAGGGGAAUGGCACGCAACCUCAGUCCGAUCAUGCUGGGAAAACAACUGGACGGUAUAUGGCACACAGCCAUAGUGGCAUACGGGGAUGAGUUCUUUUUUGGAGGGGAAGGAAUCUCCAGCUGUUCGCCUGGUGGAACAAUGCUGGGACCUCCAGACACAGUUGUGGAACUUGGCGAGACCGAAGUCUCGGAGGAGAUCUUCAUGGAGUAUCUCUCGUCUUUGGGAGAAAGCACUUACAGAGGUGACACGUAUCGCCUGUUUGAGCACAACUGCAACACCUUCAGCAACGAGGUCGCUCAGUUCCUGACGGGAACGCCCAUCCCCUCGCACAUCACUGACCUCCCGUCUGAAAUCCUCGCCACACCUUUUGGCCAGAUAUUGCGGCCCAUCUUGGACAACAUCCACAUCGCCCCCCCAGGAGGCAACGUCAUCAACGGAGGGAGAAACCUCUAAAGCCACUUGGCUCAGUACCACUGGAGUCUCAUCUCAACAUCUUUAACUACUACAUUUGAUGCCAUACGUCCUGGGAAGAACAUUAUGCCCUUUAACCACUAUAUAUAUAUAUAUAUUUAAUCAAGACAUCCCCAUUUACUUUCCUGCACAGUUGGUAUUCAUUUACUAUAACAAUGUUAGUUAUUGUCUUUUUAGUUAUCAUACAUUUACACUUCUUGUUUGGACAUUAUUUUUGCACAUUGGUGACUAAGCUAGUUUAGUUUUAAUGAACAAUUUAAGUACAAAAAGGAGUAAUUAAAAAUCAUAAGCUGUGAGACUCCACUGCUGACCACAAUUAAACAUAUUUAUUUCAGAGACACCCUUAAUAUAUCUUUAUUAUUAUCUAAUUUAUUGUUUUAACAACAAUACAUCUUCAAUUCCCAUCACGCAUCCUUUUGCACUGUUUCAACCCCAGCGUUUGUCGCCUUUCCCCUCAUAUUACAUUUGUUUACAAUGUCAUUUAUAGCAUAGACUUUCUAAUAUUAGCUAGACACGUCUGCUAAGGCUAGUUAUUUAGGUGGAAAUAUCAAAUAGGACCGACAACAACACCCGUGUGUUUGUCUCGGUGUGCGGCUACACACACAUCUGUGCCUUCAUUCCUCUCUGCUUGGUCGCUGCAGGACUUGACACAAAUCUUCCAUUCCUAUUGCUCAUGUGUAAAACAAACAAAUACAAAACAUCAGCGCUCGCCGCCUAUAACAAUCCCAGUGCCCUAUCAUCUCACAAGUCUUGAUUUCAGACAUGUAUGUACAGAACCCAAAAGCAGUGAAGUUGUGUAAAUGGUAAAUAAAAAGAGAAUACAACAAAUCCUUUUCAACUUCUAUUCAAUUGAAUAGACUGCAAAGACAAGAUAUUUCAUGUUCACACAGAGAAACUUCAUUUUGUUUUGCAAAUAAUCAUGAACUUAGAAUUUAAUGGCAGCAACACAUUAGAGGGGCAUGGCCUUUCCUUUUAACAACACUUUGGGAACUGAGGAGGCACAUUUUUGAAGUGGAAUUCUUUCCCAUUCUUGCUUGAUGUACAGCUUAAGUUGUUCAACAGUCUCCCUUCUCAUAUUUUAGCCUCCAUAUUGCACCACACAGGUCUGGACUACAGGCAGGACCAGUCUAGUACCCGCACUCUUUUACUAUGAAGCCACGCUGUUGUAACACAUCGUUUUGCUGAAAUAAGCAGGGGCGUCCGUGAUAACGUUGCUUGGAUGGCAACAUAUGUUGCUCCAAAAGCUGUAUGUACCUUUCAGCAUUAAUGGUGCCUUCACAGACGUGUAAUUUACCCAUGUCUUGGGCACUAAUACACCCCCAUACCAUCACACAUGCUGGCUUUUACACUUUGCGCCUAGAACAAUCCGGAUGGUUAUUUCCCUCUUUGACGUCCACAGUUUCCAAAAACAAUUUGAAAUGUGGACUCGUCAUACCACAUAACUUUUUUCCUAUUUGCAUCAGUCCAUCUUAGAUGAGCUCGGGCUCAGCGAAGCGUUUCUGGGUGUUGUUGAUAAAUGGCUUUGGCUUUGCAUAGUAGAGUUUUAACUUGCACUUACAGAUGUAGCGACCAACUGUAGUUACUGACAGUGGUUUUCUGUUCCUGAGCCCAUGUGGUGAUAUCCUUUACACACCGAUGUCGCAUUUUGAUGCCGUACUGAGGGAUCCAAGGUCACGGGCAUCGCCGCUUACAUGCAGUGAUUUCUCCAGAUUCUCUGAACCUUUUGAUGAUAUUACGGAGCGUAGAUGGUGAAAUCCCUAAAUUCCUUGCAACAGCUGGUUGAGAAAUGUUCUUCUUAAACAAUUUGCUCAGGCAUUUGUUGACAAAGUGGUGACCCUCGCCUCGUCCUUGUUUGUGAACGACUGAGCAUUUCAUGGAAGCUGCUUUUAUACCCAAUCAUGGCACCCACCUGUUCCCAAUUAGCCUGUUCACCUGUGGGAUGUUCCAAAUAAGUGUUUGACGAGCAUUCCUCAACUUUAUCAGUCUUUUUUGCCACUUGUGCCAAUUCCAAAUGAGCUCAUAUUUACAAAACAUAACAAAGUAUCUUGUCUUUGCAGUCUAUUCAAUUGAAUAUAAGUUGAAAAUUAGACAUGUCGGUCUGCCGAUAUUGUCGGCCGAUAAAUGCGUUAAAAUGUAAUAUCGGAAAUUAUCGGUAUCGUUUUUUUUGUUUUUUUGUUUUUUUUGUUUUUUUUAUUAAAUCCAAAUAAAAAACACAAGAUACACUUACAAUUAGUGCACCAACCCAAAAAACCUCCCUCCCCCAUUCACACUCAUUCACACAAAAGGGUUGUUUCUUUCUGUUAUUAAUAUUCUGGUUCCUACAUUAUAUAUCAAUAUAUAUCAAUACAGUCUGCAAGGGAUACAGUCCGUAAGCACACAUGAUUGUGCGUGCUGCUGCUCCACUAAUAGUACUAACCUUUAACAGUUAAUUUGACUCAUUUUCAUUAAUUACUAGUUUCUAUGUAACUGUUUUUAUAUUGUUUUACUUUCUUUUUUAUUCAAGAAAAUGUUUUUAAUGUAUUUAUCUUAUUUUAUUUGAUUCAUUUUUUUAAAAAGUACCUUAUCUUCACCAUACCUGGUUGUCCAAAUUAGGCAUAAUAAUGUGUUAAUUCCACGACUGUAUAUAUCGGUUGAUAUCGGUAUCGGUUGGUAUCGGUAAUUCAAGAGUUGGACAAUAUCGGCAUAUCAGAUAUCGGCAAAAAGCCAUUAUCGGACAUCCCUAUUGGAAAUAAUUUGCAAAUCAUUAUAUUCUCUUUUUAUUUACCAUUUACACAACGUGACAACUUCACUGCUGUUGUGUUUAGGAGGAGGAGGUGAGGACGUGUAAACAAAGAAGGAUUAGAGAAGCACAUUAGAAAGUGAUUCAAGCAGCAUGAACUACUCUACCUUGCAUGCCGCCAUCAAUAUUUAGCACACUUUGUUUAUGUUUGUGCACUGAAAUAACAUCAAAACAUCAUUUAACAAUAAUCUAACCUCUUAAACUUGACUUGUAACCUGACCAGUGAAAUGUAUCAAUGAACAAAUCAUCGUUUUUGUUUCCCCCAAAUGUUGUUUCUGGCUUCCUAAUAUCCUUUAAAAUGAUUAGAUAUAAUUCUCCCAUGUUUAUGCAAAUUGUUAAUGUUGUUUGUGUAAUUGUUUUUGUAACUUGACCAACACAUAAAGCCAUUGACUGCAA